CCAGAUUCUAAAAUAUAAAGAGGAACUUGCUGAAUUUUUUAGGGAUGAACUUCGUAUAAUCAUUGAUCCUUUUGAAUUUGUUAUUGUUGAAAAAUUGAAUGCCGUAUUAGAAGUUUUUAAUAACGCAACUCUUACUUUUUCUCAUGUUUACCAACCAACUACAAAUACAUUUUUAAAAGAGUGCGUUACAAUCGCAACAUGUUUUCGUGAAAGUAAGGCUGAUCCAGAUUUGUACCCAUAUGUCUCUCCUAUGAUACAAAAAUGUAAAAUUGUAAAAUGGGAUGAUUAUAAAAAUGGUAAAAAGGUUGAAAUCAGAACAACCAAAAUCUUCUGGGAAGUACAUUACUACGUGGGCAAAACCAUGGGUAGCAUAAUGUGAGGAAGUAGAACAUUUAAAAGCUUAGCUUCUAGUAGAUCCAUCUUAAAGAUGCUCCACCAACCGUCGUCGGCUUUAAUUUGUGGUGGAAGUAGACGGUGGAAUCAUCGGACCACUUAGACUAACCAACCACAAGGACAGGGGAUAAUUCAUCCAGCCGGAUCGGACUGGGAGAAAACUACAAUAUCGCCUAUCCCAUUGUUCUUCGCCUCCGGUUUCCGUUCUCACUCUCACUUCCUCAGUCCUUUGCCCUCCUCUUCAAACUGAAUCGACAAAAUAGGUUAUUGAAUCGCAAUCUCCGUCUUCUCCGUUUUUUUCCGCCCUGUUGAAUCGCUCCUUUCUCGAUCUUCUCCACCCUAUCCUAUUCCGGCUGCUUCUCAGACCGUCACGAGAAUCGGCGGCAAUCAAGUUCCGCAGAAAUGGAGAAGCACCGCCCUUCUUGUUAUAGACAUGCAGAAUGAUUUCAUACUACCAGGUGGCCCUUUGUGCGUCAGAGGCGGCGAAGCCAUCGUCCCCAGCGUUAUUAAGGUCGUUGAAGUUGCAAGAAGCCGUGGCAUGCCUAUUAUUUGGGUUGUGCGUGAGUAUGAUCCAUCCGGAAGAGAUGUGGAGUUGUUUCGAAGAUACUUGUACUCCCCUGGGAAGCCAAAACCAACUACCAAGGGGAGUGUGGGUGCUGAACUCGUGGAAGGGCUUGUUGUCAAGGAAGGGGAUUACAAGUUGAACCAAAUAUUUCACGAUUCGCUUACCGCUUGCCAUAAAGCAUUGUAGCCAAUUCUAUUGAUGUUUUAUUAUUGAACCCCAGCUCUAAUGGAACAACACCAUGUUGAACCCAAAACUUGUCCAAAACAUUAUUAACAUUUUUAGCAGAAAUUUCCCAAACAGAAAACAAAAUCACAAGCCUUCCUAACAUUUUUUUCCCAAACAUCUUUGAUACUUUCAGAAAGAUAAGUUUAGUAUCAAAAAAUGGUAUUGCUAUUG